GAGCGCUGCCAGCCCGGGUCUCCGGGACAGCGCUCAGAACCGGAGUAGCCACGCGAAGCCGGGGCGGUCCUCGAGCUCGGCAGCAGUGUCUCCUCCGUGCGCCUGCCUGGCCGCGGCGGGCUCAGGUGCGCCUUGGGCCUGCUCAGUGCCAUGAUCCGGCAGGAACGUUCCACAUCCUACCAGGAGCUGAGUGAGGAGUUGGACCAGGUGGUUGAGAACUCCGAGCGAGCGGACGAGCGGGACAAGGAGGCCAUCGAAGUCCGAGGUCCGGGUGCUGGCCCAGGCCUGGACAGCGAGUCGGCCUCCAACAGCCUGCGCUUCAGCAAGGCCUGCCUGAAGAACGUCUUCUCUGUCCUGCUUAUCUUCAUCUACCUGCUGCUCAUGGCUGUGGCUGUCUUCCUGGUCUACCAGACCAUCACGGACUUCCGUGAGAAGCUUAAGCACCCUGUCAUGUCCGUGUCCUAUAAAGAGGUGGAUCGCUACGAGGCGCCAGGUAUUGCCCUGUACCCUGGGCAGGCCCAGCUGCUCAGCUGUAAGCACUACUACGAGGUCAUUCCACCGCUGACAAGCCCUGGCCAGCCCGGCGACAUGGACUGUACCACCCAGAGGAUCAACUACACGCACCCCCUCUCCAAUCAGACCGUGAAAUCUGCGCUGGUGGUUCGGGGGCCUCAGGAGGUGAAGAAGCGGGAGCUGGUCUUCCUGCAGUUCCGCCUGAACGGGAGCAGCGAGGACUUCAGUGCCAUCGACUACCUGCUCUUCUCCUCCUUCCAGGAGUUCCUGCAAAGCCCAGACAAGGCGGGCUUCAUGCAGGCCUGCGAGAGCGCCUACUCCAGCUGGAAGUUCUCGGGGGGCUUCCGCACCUGGGUCAAGAUGUCACUGGUGAAGACCAAGGAGGAGGACGGGCGGGAGGCGGUAGAGUUCAGGCAAGAGACCAGCGUGGUUAACUACAAUGACCGGAGGCCGGCCGCUGAGAAGAGCGCCCAGCUGUUCUUUGUGGUCUUCGAAUGGAAAGAUCCUUUCAUCCAGAAAGUGCAAGACAUAAUCACAGCCAAUCCUUGGAACACAAUCGCUCUUCUUUGCGGGGCCUUCUUGGCAUUGUUUAAAGCAUCCGAGUUUGCCAAGCUGAGUGUGAAGUGGAUGAUCAAAAUUAGGAAGCGACACCUCAAAAGAAGAGGUCAGGCGACAAACCACAUAAGCUGACACACCUGCGACUCCCAGACCUGCCCACGCCCACGGAAGUCCUCACCGCUUCCACCCCAUCAGCCUCAAUCCUGUACGCACUUGAAGCAAGGGACCCAGCAGGGAGCAGCAGCCUGUCCCAGGGGACGCUCCAGCGGGCCGGAGAGAGAGACCCCCGGGACAACCUGGAAGCCGUUUAAGUUAUUGACGAACAUUUAUAGAGUUGCCUUGCAUACUUGUGAGGAAGUGCUCUUCUUCCCAUUUGGUUCACUGUGUAGUAAGCUCUGGCAGGGUAAUUAAGACCUAACACUUUCUCCUUAGUUUUUUCUUUUUUUAAUGGUUUUUCAAAUGGAGAAGUGAUUUUCUUUCUCCAAAAAUCAUAGCAAGCUGUGUGGCCCCGCUUUGGAAGCUCGCACUGUACACAAAGGAGGGCAGACCUGGGGCUGACGCUUGCCGUCUGUUGUCCAGGCUCUGACUGAGACUGUACGGCCACUGCAGGGAUUGCAGUUCUUACUGGGCAGACCAGCGCCUGCCCGCUGGCUGAGCCUGUGUUGACGAAGGUGAGUUUAGAUAAGUGAUGCAUCAGAAGCAGUAGGAGAGAAGUAGACAGUGGCACCUAGCCAGUGUACCUUGAUGAUUUCAUUAACAGAUUAAUAAAGGUUGGCUCAAUGGGAAAGGAACGCGUGUGCCAAGAUGAGGAUCUGCCAGUCGGCGAGCACCAGGGUCCUGCACCCACAGCCCCGCCUCCAAGCUGGGCAACUAUGUGUGGGGGUGCACACGGCGACCAGUGACAGGUGGCUAGGAAGAGGACGGGCCAACUUCAUCACUAAGCUGGCUGCAGGGCACUGUGUCCUGCAACACCAUCAGAAAGGGCUACCUGGUGACCCCCGACACUUUGGCAGUGAGCACCUGUGACACUAGGUGCUGUGCAUGUUGUCUGCUUCAAGUUUUAAAUUAUUUAUGUGUAUGUCCACUGCAUCCAGAGGAUGUGGCAGCCUUUCCUGAAUUUGCAAAUGGGCUUUAGUUGAUACAAAGAGGAAUAACUUAAUGGGUAAGUAUGGCUUUUUUUUUUUUUUGUAAGCUCAUGUUUAACAGCAUCAGGAAGCUUUUUUUUCGGCUGAAUUAUUAUAAGUGAAUGUGUAAAGCAAUAUUAAAGCCUUGAGAUUUUA